AUGGCUCUGGGAACGGCUAGCAAGAAACACCGGUUUACUCUGGUCUCCUCUAUUCUGACAUUUGCCAAACGGACUGAGGGCGAGCCCCCUAUACUCUCCUCCCCGUUGAUGUCAGAUGUUGAGGUUCAAAGACGAUCAGAUAGACUGGUUUUCUAUGGGUUGACAGCCGAACGUUCUAGCGACGCAGUUGACCUAUAA